CCCCCUCUACAGUGUGUUGUCGUCACCGGUCAGCUCCUACCAGCAUUCUCCUGAGGUGGGAUCUCCUCCACACUUUAACUCUCACCGAGCGGGGAGCACAGGACGAGUCAGUCCGGGGCAGAAGAGGCUCCUAACGAAGAUGUGAAGACAAACACCGCGUAACAGCAGCGCCGCGACUCCCUCCAGCUGCCCCGGUUUUAUGUCUCCCCCGAGCCGAAGUCAUUCUCAGUGAAUGGUUCUCUGCAGCAGCGCUACAACACGCUAUUUUAUUUACCCCUCCUUUUAUUUUUUUUAUAUUUAAAAUUAUCAUUAUUAUUAUUAUUAUUCGUAGCAUUUGUGAGCUCUCGCUAUGGCAGUUCAGUCCACAUCCGGGCCACAAUGUCUUGACUCCAUUAUUGUGUAAAACUGACGGAGUGGUUGUUAUUAUUAAUAUUACUGUUAUUAUAAUAUAUAUUUUUUUUUACAUUUAACGACACACUUUUAUUGCGCGCAGUGAAGGCUGCUACCAAGAGGACAUGUCUAACCAAGGAGUUCGACGGAAUGGCCCGGUGAAGCUACGACUAACAGUCCUCUGUGCCAAAAACCUUGCAAAGAAAGACUUCUUCCGCCUUCCUGAUCCCUUUGCCAAGGUGGUUGUGGACGGUUCAGGGCAAUGCCACUCUACAGACACUGUGAGGAACACACUUGACCCCAAGUGGAAUCAACACUAUGACCUAUAUAUUGGAAAAUCAGACUCCAUCACUAUCAGUGUGUGGAAUCACAAGAAGAUUCACAAGAAGCAAGGGGCUGGUUUCCUGGGCUGUGUCCGCCUUCUGUCCAAUGCUAUCAACCGCCUUAAAGACACAGGCUACCAGAGACUAGACUUGAACAAGCUGAGUCCCAAUGACAGUGAUACAGUCAGAGGCCAAAUAGUGGUGAGCCUGCAGUCUAGGGACCGGAUAGGCACAGGAGGCCCUGUGGUGGACUGCAGUCGACUGUUUGACAAUGAUCUUCCAGAUGGAUGGGAGGAGAGGAGGACCGCGUCUGGACGAAUCCAGUACUUGAACCACAUCACACGCACCACACAGUGGGAGAGGCCGACCAGGCCUGCAUCAGAGUACUCGAGCCCUGGCCGGCCACUCAGCUGCAUUGUGGAUGAGAACACGCCUAUCAGUACAAAUGGGGCCACGCCCACCACAGCAUUGCCACCCAGUAAUGGUGAGCAGCGGGCCCAGGAGAGACGAGUCCGCUCACAAAGGCACCGCAACUACAUGAGCAGAACCCACCUGCACAUGCCCCCAGAUCUGCCUGAGGGAUAUGAGCAAAGAACCACGCAGCAAGGACAGGUGUAUUUCCUCCACACUCAGACAGGCGUCAGCACGUGGCACGAUCCCAGAGUACCCAGGGAUCUGAGCAAUGUGAACUGUGAGGAACUGGGUCCUCUACCUCCAGGAUGGGAGAUUCGCAACACCGCCACCGGGAGGGUUUACUUUGUUGACCACAACAACCGAACAACGCAGUUCACAGACCCACGCCUCUCCGCCAACCUUCAUCUAGUCCUAAAUCCAAGCCCUAAUGGAUCUCGAGGAGGCAUUGAAAGUCAGAAUGUCAGUCGUCAGAACCAGUUGAAGGAUCAGGCCCAGCAGGCUCUGGUGUCCCCUAGUCAACUCCCAGAGGAGGCUGAGUGCCUCACAGUACCCAAGUACAAGAGAGACCUUGUUCAGAAGCUCAAGAUCCUUCGCCAGGAACUGUCCCAACAGCAGCCCCAGGCUGGCCACUGCCGCAUCGAGGUGUCCCGUGAGGAGAUUUUUGAGGAAUCAUAUCGACAGGUGAUGAAGAUGAGGCCGAAGGACCUGUGGAAAAGGCUAAUGGUGAAGUUUAGAGGAGAAGAGGGACUCGACUACGGAGGAGUGGCCAGGGAGUGGCUUUAUCUACUAUCACACGAGAUGCUGAACCCGUACUACGGCCUGUUCCAAUACUCCCGUGAUGACAUCUACACACUGCAGAUAAACCCAGACUCUGCUGUCAACCCUGAGCAUUUGUCAUACUUUCACUUCGUGGGCCGUAUCAUGGGAAUGGCUGUGUUUCAUGGCCACUACAUAGAUGGAGGUUUUACGCUACCCUUCUACAAACAGCUGCUUGGUAAACCCAUCACCCUGGACGACAUGGAGUCUGUGGACCCCGACCUGCACAACAGCCUUGUCUGGAUUCUGGACAACGACAUCACCGGUGUGCUGGACCACACCUUCUGCGUUGAACACAAUGCUUAUGGAGAGAUCAUCCAGCAUGAGCUCAAGCCCAACGGUAAGAGCAUUCCUGUCACCCAGGACACCAAGAAGGAGUAUGUCCGGCUUUACGUCAACUGGCGUUUUCUCCGAGGCAUCGAGGCCCAGUUUCUGGCUCUUCAGAAGGGCUUCAAUGAAGUCAUCCCCCAGCACCUGCUCAAGUCUUUCGACGAGAAGGAGCUGGAGCUGAUUGUAUGUGGCCUGGGUAAAAUCGACAUCAAUGACUGGAAGUCCAACACGCGGCUCAAACACUGCACCCCAGACAGCAACAGUGUGAAGUGGUUCUGGAAAGCUGUGGAGUCAUUCGAUGAGGAGCGCAGAGCCCGGCUGCUGCAGUUUGUCACUGGCUCAUCCCGAGUUCCUUUGCAGGGCUUCAAGGCCCUCCAAGGUGCUGCUGGUCCACGUCUCUUUACCAUCCACCAGAUUGAUGCCAGCACCAACAACCUGCCCAAAGCCCACACAUGUUUCAAUCGGAUCGACAUUCCUCCGUACGAGCACUACGACAAACUGUACGACAAGUUGCUCACUGCCAUUGAGGAGACGUGCGGCUUUGCUGUCGAAUGAGUCGCGAAUGCGGGCAGAGCUUUGCAACAACCAGAAGCAACAUGGUUUGCCCACGAUGAGGCCCCACCCCACACACACACACACUCAGACAACAGAUCAGUCCACUCAGAUGGGGGUCAUCCACUGUUGCUUCACCCAGGGACGCACUUACUACCCCCGGGUCAUGUCGCCAAGCUCAUGGAGGGUGGGUAGAGGAGAGCAGAAAAAGUCAGACUGUGGUUUUUUUUCAGACCUUUCUGCCCUUCUUUAUAUCUUUUUUUUUAUCAUUGAAAAGGAUCUCUUCAGCUGCUAAUAACUCAGACUAUUUACUAACUUGUGGAACCUGCAACGUUUGCUGGCUCUGCCCUUUUUUCUAAGUUCAUUUUAGCAUUUAAAAAAAAAAUAGACUGUAUCUAUGUAGCAAUGCUCCAUUUUACCAAGCAGAACACAAGCUCAGUUCACUCUGAAACAACACUAACAAGACUGGUUUGAUUCAGAGCCCAGGGUUAUUAUUGGUUACCACAACCACUUGGAAAACCGUUCAUUUGGACGCAGCAUGACUUGGGCUGUUUGGUGCCACCGAGCGUUCGUGCUGAGGCUCUCGGUAACACAGAGGUUGAUAAAACGUGGGUGUGUGCAGAUGAGAAGGCAUGGACGGAGACUGAAAUUUAGACAUAGCCCAACUGUUUACAACCUUCUCCAAAGAUGUCAUCGGGGACCUCUGCUCCUGAGGCGCUGCCUAACAACCAGCGCUGCAUUCCCACAAGCCCCAUUUCACAUGUUUGACAGCUUGUUGUGUUUGAAAGUGAAGAGAUGAAUGAAUAGGUUGAAAUGUGUUAUUUUUAUAUAACAGGGACAAUUAAAAAAAGGAAACAAUACAAUUAAAUAUAAUAUAUAUAAUUUAUUGUUAUAUUUCAGAAACCCCCCAUCCUCCAUUAUUUCAUAAGAAAACUAAAUCUUUUAAAUGUUACUGCUUCAACUAUAGAAAAUAAUUUGUGAAAUGAAAUGGGAAAAGAGCUUGACUGAAUAUCACUAAGGAAUGCUGAGGUUACUCUCUCGACACACAGCGUACAAGAAGAGGCUGUGUUUUUAAAGGCAAAAAAAACAAACAAAAAACAAUAUGUCCUCUGAGUGCCAUAAACAUAUUGUGUGAAUAAAUCUUAAGCGUUAUUGAGCGCACCCUUUAAA